AUGAGUGUGGACGUUGGGAUGAGUGUGGACGGUGGGUUGGGUGUGGACACUGGGAUGAGUGAGGACGCUGGAAUGAGCGUGGACACUGGUAUAAGUGAAGACACUGAUAUGAGUGAAGACACUGGGAUAAGUGUGAAUGCUGGGAUGAGUGUAGACACUGGGAUGAGUGAGUACUCUAUGAUGAGUGAGGACGAUGGGUUGAGUGAGAACGCUGAGAUGAGUGAGGACGCUGGGAUAACUGUGGAAGCUGGGAUGAGUGAAGACACUGGGAUGAGUGUGGACUCUGGGAUGAGUGAAGACACUGGGAUGAGUGUGGACUCUGGGAUGAGUGAGGACACUGGGAUGAGUGUGGACUCUGGGAUGAGUGAGGACGCUGUUAUGAGUGCGGACAUUGGGAUGAGCGUGGACUCUGGGAUGAGUGUGGACACUGGGAUGAGUGAGGACACUGUUAUGAAUGUGGACGCUAGCAUGAGUGUGGACGGUAGGAUGAGGGUGGACGGUGGGUUGAGUGUGGGCACUGGGAUUAGUGAGGACGCUGGGAUGAGCGUAGACACUGGGAUGCGUUUGAACACUGUGAUGAGUAAGGACUCUGGAAUGAGUGUGGACUCUGGGAUGAGUGUGGACACUGGGAUGAGUGUGGAUACUGGGAUAAGUGAGGACGCUGGGAUGAGUGAGGACGCUGGGAUGAGUAAGGACACUAGGAGGUGUGUGGACACUGGUAUGAGUGAAGAAACUGGGAUAAGUGUGGAUUCUGGGAUGAGCGUAGACACUGGGAUGAGUGAGUACUUAAGGAUGAGUGAGGACGAUGGGUUGAGUGAGAACGCUGAGAUGAGUGAGGACGCUAGGAUAAGUGUGGACGCUGGGAUGAGUGAAAACACUAGGAUGAGUGAGGACGCUGGGAUAAGUGGACACUGGUAUGAGUGUGGACGAUGA